AUGUUGGAAAAAUCAUUGCUCAUUCUAUUGUGGUUCUUUGCUUCUUCGCAAUCAUUUGAUAUUGAUAAAUAUUUCGAGAAUCGUUUGAAAAUCGAAAAUGGUCAGAGAUUCUUCGUCAAAAGUAAUAAUGUGAGUUUAUUUGGGGAAAAUGAAAAAAUAUAUAAUUUGAAUUGGCGCACACGCGAAACAAGCGCAAUCACGGAGUAUCGUUGUUUUACUUUUAUUUUUUUGCUGUUUUUUUCAUUUCUUUUUUUUUUCGAUAUUUCUAGCUUUUUUUGUUUAAAGGUCGAAAAUCUUGGGUAAGUAAUUGAGCUUGAACUUAGGAAAAUGAGUUUUUCAAGAAAAACAGAGGGUUUGAAAGGGAUGUAUUGUUUUCUGGGAGGAUUAUCCGUUUUUUUUGUGUUAUUUCUUUUCAAAAAAAUAAAACGGAAAAUUCAAUAAAAAAUGAUUUUCCUGCUCAAAUGUAACAGCGAAUUUUUAUGCAAAAUUUAAGAUUUUCACGCAACAAUCACAUUUUUUCACAAAUUUUAUCCCAGGAAUGCAUUUUUUGGGAAAUAUUCAGCCAAAACUUGAUUUUUUAAAGAUUUUUACCGCAUUUUCGACCUUUUUUCAAAAUUCAGCAGAUUCCCAGGAUCCUGAAAUAGAUUUGACGAUAAAAUUCUCACAGUUUACGUCAAACUUUCCCAAAGUUUUUUGUCGCAUCAAAAAUCAUGUCAAACGUUUCUGACACUUCAAAAAUAACCUGCAAAAGCAAAAAUCAUAUCAAAUAUUCUACGUUUGCUUUUUUCCAGGAAAACGACGCUCGUGAUCUUUUUGCAAGUUUCAUCGCAUGCGAUGCCAAAAAUAGUAAAAUCGAACAACUCGAACAUUGCCAAAAUCCAAACGACACUUUCUGCCAUUCGGCAAUCGAAACCCCGAUUUUCGAGUUGACCAAAAAUUGCUCAUGUUUAGUCGACCGAUGUCCAGAGAAAUCGGGAGAUUUUGCAAAGUUCACAGAUCGCAUUUUAUAUCCCGGAUGCUCUUGUAAAGAAUUGAAUACAACUGAAAAAUUAUGGAAAAAGUUUGAGAAUUCGGAAGAAUGGAAAAUGUCAACAAAUGAUCCUGAAUUGGUUUUCAAUGAGUUUCCCAUGGAAAAACCGACAAAAAUUGCGAAUUUCAUUCAAGCAGGAUCUGAAACCGCCUUUUUCAAUAACAGUGUCGCAUCAAUUACCAGCCAAGUUUUCAGACAAUCUGGACUUCGUGUAAGUCAAAAUAUAACUAAGGAGGUCGCGGAGGCAUCGAUAAACUUUUUCUGUAACUGGCAGGAAGAGAUAAUGUUCUUUCUACUCCCGAGGUUACAGAAAUGGUUUGAUUGUUGUUUCCGCGACCUUCCUUCGUAAAUAUUCUUCUGAAAUCCCCAAGCCUUUAUUUUCAGUGCAACUUGAAUUUCCUGCAUCACUUUUCUCCACAAAGUUUGGAUUCGACAAUUUCAGUCCGUGCACAUUUUAUGGAUAAUAAUGAGAGUUUCGAGAUUUGGAAAUAUGAACCAGCAUAUUUUAUGAGAAAAAGUAUUUUGUAAGUUAUGGAAGGAGUUACAGUUCUUCGAAAUCUGAAAAUUUUUGAUCUUUGCAUUGCGGAGUAUUGUAGUUGAAAAAAUGGUUGUACCUCUUACUCAUUUCCCGAUUCUGUUUUGACUUAUUAUGGAGUUGUAGCAAAAAUUUGUAGUUCUCCAAAAACUACGGUAGCUCAAAAAUUAUAGUUUUGAAAUUAUAUUUUGAAAACAUUAUUUCGUAUUUUGUCUGGAUUACUGUACUGGAGACAAUAUUUUCUAGUUUGACAAAUACAAAAUCUAAAAAAUAUUGACCACCGUAAUACAGACAAACUAUACAACAUUUGUUUAAUGGGAAAACUAUAUUUUUCUUGAGAUACCGUAUUGUUGCAAAAAAUACGGAAGAUCAGAAUUUAUUAAAAAUACGUGAUUCACGUGACUCAUUUCGGAAAAUCAAAUUUUUAAUUUCUAACAUUUUUAAUUUCAAAAAAAAAUGAAAUAAGGUUCCGAAAAAUAUUUCAAAAUUUUCAAAAAAAAAAACAAUUUUUCAGCUGGGUUGAAGAAAAAAUCACAAUCGGCUCAUUCUCUCGUCCUUUCCGUAUUUCAAUCAAUUGCGAAUCUGGCGAGACACCAACUUCCAAUUUUCUCAAAAAAGUCGAAAACCCGUUCCAUUUCGCGUGUUCUUUGGCCAAUGUUGACUUUAGCGGUUGCGACGGUCAGUUUUGCGAUUAUUUGUCGACUUUUUAUCUUUCUUUGGUCGUCUGGGGGUAUAGCUCAGUGGCAGAGCAUUUGAUUGCAGAUCAAGAGGUCCCCGGUUCAAAUCCGGGUGCCCCCUAGUUGUAUUUUUUAUUUUUGUUUCAACCCAUGUUUUUUCCAGACAUCGGAGAUCCUAGUGAUACUUGCAGCCAUGCUUCUGAAAAACUGUGCGAAAAACCCGGACACGCUGUAUGUGCCUAUGAUUCAAUUUGCGAUCUCAACAUGGAUUGUUCAGAUGGAUCGGAUGAAGAAAAUUGUUAUGAAACUGCUGUACCUGGAACAAUGUGUGAUUUCAACAAUGAUAAGGAAUUUUGUCCGGGCUGGAAACAAUACACAAAUGCAACGGAAGAUCGAAAGACACUUGUUUUCGACGAUUCAAGUGAUAUUCUAGAUACAGAAUCCCUUGCUAAAGCCAAAGCUUUGAAUAGCAAUGCGAUGUAUCUUUUCGAAAAUCGCAUUCCAAGUCAGAAAUAUGGUUUGAAGUCGGAACGAACUGCAGGAUCUGGUGGUGUUUUAUCAUACGAAGCGCAAGAGAUGCCAAAAACCGUCGCAACCUCGGUCAGAUUGUCAGCGCUGGUUUCCCCGGUUUUCGAGCCAACCAAUCCGCAAGCCUAUAACUCGUCUAGUCCGUUCUUCCAAUCUUGCAAACUUCGUUUCUGGAUCAAUGCCAGAUUCCAGAAUUUCAAAUGGCAAAUUGCAGUGAUCAGUCGAGCACAUGAUCCAUUUUUAAGCGGAAGAAGAGUGCUCUUAGAUUCGACAAUGUUCUCAUGGGGUUAUCAACCUGGAGAAUGGUCAAGACAAUCUCUUCUGAUUCCUCGCCAAAAUCAUCCGUAUCGAAUUGGUAUUUUUGUUGAUCAUUAUAGUGCAAGCAAAGGUUUCUUCGCGAUUGAUGAUUUAACAAUAAGUCAAACAUGUUUCGCCCCACCAGAUCAAGGAACACAUAUUCAAAAAUCACAAGCUGUCACAAAAGUCACAACUUGUGGUGCAACUGGAUCUACCCCACCUUUGAAUUGUGAUCGUGUUCGAGAUCUUGAUGGACAAAAUUCGCUCUAUUUGAAGAAAGACGGCACACAGGAUUGGACUGUAGAUCAAACCGGUUUCUAUCGUGUUGAAGGGUGUGGAGGAGCUGGUGGAGGGCUUUAUGGAAUCCCCGGUCAAUGCGCAACCUUCCAAGUGCAUUUACAUCAAGAUUUAGUGCUUCAAAUGUUGGUUGGACAACACGGUGAAAUGGCUUGUCGAAAAUCACGAUAUGAAGCGUUCAGUUGUCGAGUUUUCAAUGGUGUUGGCAAAAAACCGCCAAAGAAUGGCGGCGGUGGUGGAGGCGCUACUCUGAUAACAGUUCGCGAUUCAGAUCACUGGAAAAUCAUUCUAGGCGGUGGAGCUGGCCAAGGUCGAAAACCCAGCGAGAUAGAAGAUAUUGGUGCGGGAUAUGGUGCAACGAUGGAGGAGUUGAAAAUCGAUCCAAGAUGUGGAGCACGUUGCAAUGCCACAACCCCCGAAAAGUUUUUCUCAUUCUCAAUGCAACGAAAAUGUCCGGACCCGAAAGAUCUUACUGUUUUGGGUGGAUUUGGUGGUGGAGCAUCGUCUUGCUCAUCAAUUGGUGGCGGGGGAGCUGGAAUGAAAGGAGGUGAUCCGUUGGGAGAUAGUGAAGAAGAGAAAAGUGGAACGAAUUAUAUCGAUGAGAAGUUUAGCAGGGAUUUCCGAAUUUAUCAAAAUGAAAUUUUGGAAAAUGGAAAAAUCACAUUCAAAUUGUGCACCAAAUCUUGCGAAUCGCCUUCGGUUUGUCGAUUUGGUGGAGAGAAUUUGGAAAAGGAAUUCUGUGCAUGUCCAGAUGGAUCGGAAUAUAUGAAUAGCACUGAUUCCUGUCAAUGCAGUUUAUAUUGCCCAUAUUCGGGAACUUGUCAAUUCCGCAAUUUCACUAUGGAACAAUUUUGUAUGUGUCCGAAUGGAAUGGAUCAAACUGGAACUAGUUUUAUGGCUUGUGGUGAGUUUCUGGAAAGGUUGGGGCACAAGUAUUCAUGGAAAAAUGACCCUUAUAACAAAAUUAUCUCGAAAUUUUUAAACGUAUUUUUUUCGAGGAGAAACUUCCAAUAACUCAUUUUUUCAAUUAAGUUUUUUUUCUGAUUCUAAAUUGUUGCCAUGUUGCAAAUUUUGAAAGACUUAAUGGGGAAAUAUGGAAAAUUCACUCAUUAAAAAAUAAUCUGAAAUUGUUGAAACGUAUAUAUUUUUGCAGGAGAUAUUUCGCUCCCAUGGCUCUUUGCUGUUCUAUUAUUCAUCAGUGUUGUAAUUGUUUCUUUGAUCGCUUUCCUUUUCGUCAAAUAUUUCAAGAGAAGAAAUGAGAAAGUUGCGCGAGAAUUGAUUGAAUUCAGUCUGAUGAGAACUCAAGAAUAUUUGUAUGAUGAUAUUUAUUUUGGAAAACAGACACGACAAAAUGCGCUGGAGAAAUUGCCGGCCAUUGAUCGAGAAGUUUUGUUGUAAGUUUUUCUACACGAUACUAAUUUUCAAAAUCAAACUUUUGAAUUUUUGAAUAACUGAAAUUUUCAAAAACCAGAAUCAUGAAGUCUUUGUUUUCAGAAUAUUUGAAAAUGGCAAAUUUUUGCAGUGAGUUUUGUAGUUUCUUUUUCCGCUUUUUCUGGAUUACUGUGUUUUUUGAGAUACAGAACUUUAUGUAAUUUCUUUAGCUUUAAAGCUUUUUGCUCAUAAAACUAUUCAACUAGUUUUCCAAUUCCAUACUACAGUAACCUCAUGGGUUCCAUUAACAUUAAAGCUCUCAGUUAGCCUAAUUCAGAAUUUAUGAGAUGAUGAGAGGUUUUUAGGUAUGGAAGUUUUAGUAGGGAAGUUUUAUGAGCUUGAAAAUGAGUUCCAUUAACUUGAAAGCAGUAAUAAAACCACAGUAACCGAAAUGAGUUCCAUUUGCCAAAAAGCUUUUAGUUGUUCUAAUUCAAACUUUAUGAGAUGCUCAUCAAAUUACAGUACCAAAUGGGAAAUAUUAUUACCUGAAAAAAUGAGAUCCAUUAAUUUGAAUGAAAUUACAGUAACCCAAUGAGGCCCUGAAAGCUUUAAGUUAGUCUAAUUCAAAUUUAUGAGAUACACAUCAAGUUACAGUACCCAAAAAACAUUCAAAAUUCAAACUUUCAAAUUCGGUGUGCAUUUUACGUCGCUUGAACAUAACGACCGUCUGGAAAAAAAGCAAGAUGAAGCAAGAUUACUCAUUAAUACCUAAACCCCGGAAUUUUCAGAAUUGGCAAAGUUCUCGGAAAAGGAAAUUUUGGUGAAGUGUUACUAGGAAAAUAUCACGAAACAGAUGUUGCAGUCAAAACAAUUUCCAAACCAUUUUCGGCCUCAAUCUCAGCUCAAGCUGAUUUUUGUAAUGAAGCACUUUGCAUGGGAACAUUUAUCCAUGAAAAUAUUGUUCGAUUGAUUGGAGUGGAUUUUGAAAAUGUGCCAUAUGUGAUUGCAUCGGAAUAUAUGGAAGGCGGUGAUUUGUUGACAUUUGUGAAAGAGGCUAGGCCGAGUAUGGUGAGUUCUGGAACAAAUGAUACAUGGAUUUUUGUAACUUCAAAAAUGGGUAAUCAAAAAUCUCACCGAAAAAAUAAUUUAAAAAAUUUUUUACCCAGAAAAUUUAACUUACUGUUCCAAAUUUUUUCAAACAAUAUUCUCAGAAAAUUUACGUUUCAAAAUUUUACAAUGAAAAUUUAACAUUAAAUGUACAUUUUAGAAGAUUUCAGAAGUUCCUCCCUCCAAAUUUUUAAUAAUUUCCAGUACAACUUGAAUCCCUACAAAAUGACAAUGUGUGAUUUGGUAAAAAUCGUCUCGGAUGUUGCCGCUGGUUGUGAAUGUCUCGAAGACUACGGUUAUGUUCAUCGAGACAUUGCCGCUCGUAAUAUUCUUCUCACAAACAAACAAAAUGGUCGAGUCGCAAAAAUUGCCGAUUUCGGAAUGGCCAAAGAAAUGUCACUUGGUUCGGAAUAUUAUCGUGUUCAUGGAAGAGCUAUGUUACCAAUUAAAUGGACUCCUCCAGAAGCAUUUAUUGAUGGAUUGUUCACGGCAAAAUCAGAUGUUUGGAGUUUUGGAAUAUUGUGUUGGGAAGUGUUCUCGUUGGGUGUUGUACCGUAUCCGAGUCGGAAGAAUGAGGAAGUUAUGCUGAUGUUGACUGAGGGUGGAAGAUUGGAAUAUCCGUUUGGAAUUCCGAUGAGAGUGAGUUCAAAUAGAAUAAAUAAACUGAAAAAAUUGGAAGGCCCAAAUUCUGAUGUUUUGAAUUUAGUUCAAAUUCAGAGAUCUGAAUACAAGCUUCACCUUAAGCUUGCACACUUCAUUAAAGUUUUUAUAAAAGUAACAUGAAUGUUUUGCGAGCGUAUUUUUCAGAUUCUUCUUCAAAAUUUUCUCAAAAAUUUCAGAUUCUGAAGUCAAGCUUAACGAUCCUAAUUAUAAACUAGAACCCAAUUUAAUAAACUAGAACUUCUUUAUAAACUUUAGUUCAGAAUGUUAAUCCGGAAAGUUUUUAUUUUAAAAAUCAUCUAACCUCAUAAUCAGCCUCUCAUCCUAAAUGUUUUUGAUUUGAUCCUCAAUCUUUCAACUGGAAAGAAGCCCUCAUGAUUUCCCACACACAUCAAACUUCAAAUGAAAUCAAAAUCACAUUGAUGUUUUGAAGCCAAAGAUUUCGGCUCUGAAAAUAGAUAAUUGUUUUAUGAACUCCGGAAAAGACCAUUAUUUUGAGUUAAUAUAAAUUUAAAAUGUUUUACAUUUCCGAUCGGAAAUAGAAAUAGGUGAAAUGGAAAAGAGUUCACUGAACUUUUUUUUUGAAAGUUUGGAGCAAAGGGGAUUUUCGGAAAUCGAAGCCAAAUCCAAAAAUUACAGAUUUACCAAUUGAUGAGAGAUUGCUGGAAAACCAUCCCUGCCGAUCGCCCAAGUUUCACUCAAAUCAACGAAACCAUCGAAGACAUAUCAACCGACCCGUCAGUUUCUCAAAUGGCUUUCCCAAUCCAUCCAGCUGUCCGUGCUUCUUUUGCCCAUUCCCAAUCAAAUCUUCCAAAUUCAUGCGAUACUCCACAAACUGCAGUCACUGAAAUCUCGAUGAACAGCAUUUUUAUGGAUCGCGGAGAUGCGUUGAAAAUCUCACCAACUCAACAAGAUUUGAAUGAUAUGAUUAAGUGUGAGUUUGAGAUUGAGAAGAUUUGUCAGGCUGAAAAAAUGUCUGAAAAUUUUGAAAACCAUUGUGAAAUUAUCUAGAUUCCAAUUUUAUCUCCAGAUUUUUUUUUCAAAAUUCAAAUUUAGAAGUAUCUUUUAGCAAAUCACAUAUUUGUUAAGUUAAUUGUUACUAAGAAUGCAAAUGUUAUUCUAACUUCUAGUAUCCGCGCCUAAAAAUCUGAUUGAAAAUUUGAAAGUCUUUAAAAAAAUCAUGCCCCCAAUUCCGAUUUCUCAGAAAAAUUCAAAUUUUUUUCAGUCUCUCCUAUUUCUGUCUUUUCUUGAAAAAAGCAAAGAACAUAAGAGACAAAUAAAUUAUAGAUGAAAUUAGCUGAAUUUCUUCUUUCUGUUUUCUGGGAACAAAAUGAAUGAUUCUUUGAUCCAACCGAGCACUUCAUUAAUUUCCAGAAUGACCCAUUUUUAUAUUUUUGAAAAUCUUAUUUUUGAAUAUAAAUCAUGGAGCAGAACAGACAUUACAUUUAAAACACCAACAAUUUUGAAGACCUCUAGAAAUUCUGGAGUUUAAAAAUUUCAAAGUUCUUCUUGAAAAGUUGAGUAGCCCCCGGAAUUUUGGCGUUGAAAAUCUACAUGGUAAACAAAUCGUUGAGAGUUGCAAUGUGCCACGUGGCAAAUAAACACUGACUAAAAAGACUCAUACUCAAAAAGAUUUCUCACACAUGUUUAAUUAUUUCAAUUUUUCCGAUCGCGAAAUUUUUAAUUCACAAUUUUAUUAUAGUCUUAAAAAAUGCACGUGUAAAGUUUUAGUUUUCAGGGAUUUCUAUCUCUAGGAUUCCAUGUGGGAAAGUAGAAUUUUAUAAACCACUUUGAGCAGUAUUUGAAAUGAAAAUCAAACCUCUAAAAAUAUCUCCAAACCUCCAAUUUCCAGUACACGAAUUGAUGUUGAUCCAAGAAAAACCGUACAACUCUGAAAUGGCCGAUUCAUUCGUUGACGGGCUUCGCAAAGAACUUGCCAAAACAUCGGCUCAAAAUACGAUGUUCCAUUUCAACACUCAAAUCGCCCAACUUUUCUCGCCAAACAGUUUGGAAGAUGAGGAAAAUGCACAAAUGAUUAACAAUUCGAAUGUUGUUUCAGGUAAAGAUUGAAUGAAAUCAACUGAAAACUCCAAUAUUUUCAGAUCAAACUCCCCCAUCUUCAAUCAUCGACUUCAACAAAUUGGCCGUCCAAAAUACUGUAAUUUUUAUCGAUUUGUCUUCGAAAAAACAAAGACAUUGUCAAUUUUUGCAGGGACCAACUCUUCAUCGCCCGAACAGCUUGAACUUCCAAGAUUGCGAACCACUUUUGGCUGAAAAUCCAGAAAAUCUUGAAAAUCUCGCCGAAAAUCCAUAUUCAUGCUAA